UUUCAAAGAGCCACCGGGAACACAGAGCCCGGGCUCUGUUCGUCUCUGACUUGCCGACGACUGGUUUCUACGGGAACUACCGCAAUAUUGGCCGUGGGAUUUAUAAAUCACGUUUUUAAGGACUGCCUCGUGCACUCGACCUCUGAGAGUUGGUUUUGCUAAUCCGGUUGACAACGCCAAGCGUUUGAAGAAAACUGCUGGCGCAACCAGAGGAUCGCCCUGCAAGAGAGAGAGGAGCCGGUUGGAGACAGGCGUGUAAUCGCCUUGUCGGCGGUGACUGAGGAAGAAAGAAAUUAGAAAUCCCAACAUUGGUUUCGGAUCUGGUUUCAGGUCAAAAUGAUAUUACAUUUAAUACAUAUCCUGUGGAUAUGCUCCACUUUGAUGCUAGCAUCACCGGUACACUCGGCUCAUGAUGGUGAGAAGAUGAUGAAGAUGAAGGUGAAGAGGAGCUCUCCUGUGAAAGGCAACCUUGCCAGCUUUGUGUCUCUUCCUUGCCAUUAUUCAAUGCUGGCCACACUUUCCCCCUCCAACCAUUCCUUUCAGGAAUCUCCACGCAUCAAGUGGACAAAAAUAGAGGAGGAAAAGGAUGGAAAAGUCAAGAAAGAAACGUUAAUUCUGGUGGCACAUAAUGAUGUGAUAAAGAUCGCUGCUGAUUAUGAUGGUCGGGUGGCAGUCCCCAAGCACCCGGAGAUUCUGAAUGAUGCAACGUUAACCAUUUGCCGUCUACGGGCCAGCGAUACUGGUCUUUACCGCUGUGAGGUGAUGAUUGGCAUUGAAGAUGAGCAGGACACUGUCUCGUUAGAUGUUACUGGUGUUGUCUUUCACUAUCGGGCAGCUCUCAGCAGGUAUUCACUCAACUUUGAAAUGGCCAAGCAAGCAUGUCAAGACAACAGUGCCACCAUCGCAACUCCUGAACAGAUUCAGGCUUCGUAUGAGGAUGGGUUUGAUCAAUGUGAUGCUGGCUGGCUUUCUGAUCAAAGUGUCAGGUACCCAAUUACCAAGCCCAGACCUGGCUGUUAUGCAGAUAAAAAGGGACAACCGGGUGUCAGAACAUACGGUAUACGAGACCCCAGUGAGACAUAUGAUGUUUACUGUUACGUAGGAGACAUCCAUGGGCAUGUGUUCCAUAUAUCAGUACCAGGAAAGAUGACAUUUGCAGAAUCAAAGUUGGAGUGUCAACGUAGAAAUGCACAGUUGGCCACCACUGGUCAGUUACACGCCGCAUGGAAACGAGGCCUGGAUCGUUGUGACUACGGCUGGCUGUCAGACGGCAGUGUACGUUAUCCAAUCGUCUAUGCCAGGAGUCAGUGUGGAGGGGGCCUUGUUGGAGUGAGGACCAAGUAUCGAUAUGACAACAGGACUGGGUUUCCGGAUCCUAACACCAAAUUUGAUGCCUACUGCUUCAGAGGAAAACCUGUAAAGAAGAAGAUACCACAAGUAGCUUGGGGCUCAAAGAUAGUUCAUGAAACUGCAACUAAUCUGACUGUCGAGAAGGUAAAAUCACAUGUUACAUUUAUUGAGGCUGAAGAGUUUGGAAAAACAACCACCACUCAAAGCCAAGCUGCUCCAAGCAGUGCACCAAGGCCCAGAGGUGAAGCCACCAUAAAAAUAUCAAUGGAACAAAGUGCAACUGCUGGAGUAACCACAGCUAAAGACAGUGUGAGAGUGUCAGUCGGUGAAGCUGAAGGACAGGUUACUGGACGUGGUGAGGAACUAACCAGAGGUUUACAAGUGCAAACAUCAAUUCUACCCACCUCAUUCAAACCGUCAACCAAGCAUGAAAUUCAACGUGUAAGUACUUACGCUGAAGAGGAAGGAAAAGUUCAAGUGAGCACAGUCUCCACAUUUUCAGCUGAAAUGGAUGUUACGAAGGAUGAUGGAGAUAAGGUAAAAUUACCUGUGGCUGCCAGCACCAUAAGAAUAGAAAGCUCAGAUAAAGCCACCCAGACUGUUGGACAACAGAUCAAAGAUGAACUUGCUAGCACCACAAAACUGGCGGGCAUUGACAUAGGGAAAAUAAUAGAACAUGUAAAUGUGAGUACUCACACUAUGGUGGUAGAGGAUCAAAAACCAAUGUCAUCAUUGGAAACUACAUCAUCAUUACCCACUGGUGAGAUGCAAAUAACAGAAGAAGCACACAUCUCUAAUGUUUCAAUGCCGUACUCAGAGGUUGAGGAAGAAAAGCUGGAACCUGAAAAGGAGACUGAAAAAAUACCACCAACUGCUGUUGUUACAGCAGCCAGCAUUCAUGAAUCAGCUUUGACAGAGCACGAUAAAGUUCAGACUGAAACCUAUGAGAAAACAAAAGUUAAAGAGGAUGAGAAAGUUGUUCCAUCGCCAGUAGCUCCAGUGUCAGCUGUGUCUGGAAUGCAUGAACCUCUAACAGACUCGCCCCUCAUGGUAUCUUUUGACCAUAGUUAUGGACCAAAGAAAGAGCUGGACAAGAAAAUAAUCUUGAUAGAUUCAAUGCGUGCCUCUGCAUCAACCACAAUCCCAUCCAUAACAGAAGAAGAAGCCAAGCAUAUUGAAAAAGUUACUUCGACAAAAAUUGAAAUAGAAACUAGCCAACCAACUACUGUGUCUGUAAAUGAUACUGAUGAUAUAGAGAUAGUCCCAGGAAGUACAAGUGCAAUGACAAUUGAGCCGGGACCUGUUGAAAUCAAACCAGCAACUUUGCCACCCACUCUUUCAACAACAUUUGUGCCUGAAGUACACACUGUUGAAGCUGAAGAAUCUACUGCUUCAAUAUUACACACCAGCAAGAAAAGUAAGACAGAACCACACUUGGAAACUGAAAUCUUCUCUUCAGUGAUUAUAUUCAGCGGAGAUUCUGAAGCAGAAGGAAUCAAAUCUGUUCAUACCGGGUCAACUAAAUUUGUUGAAAAAUCAUCGGUUCGUUCAGUUACCUUUGAACCUCAGCAAUCAACGUUUCAUCACACGCUUACCCCACCAGAAAGUACUGUGACAAUCUCACCAUCAAAGUAUAUCCAUGGAAGUGCCAUUGUGGAUGAUUUCAUUACUAUUCGUACUGAGGUUGUUCAGGUACCGGACCUAUCAACAAAGUCUGCGUCAAUGGAGGAAACUAGUGCACCUGUUUCAUUAUCGUUGGGGGUUUCCACAAAGAAAGAUUUUUAUCAGGCUAGUACAUCUGAGAUGAGCAAACUUGGAGCAACAAUAGCAACUGAAGGUCGAUUGAUUCAGGAAUUUCAGACAGUUCCAGAGGCAGACAGGCAGCCAGAAAAUGCCACAAAAUAUAUCGAUGAGCUAGCUUCUGUAAGUCAGGCAGGUGAAGCCAAGGAAAAGCAGCCUGAAUAUGUAAGUUAUGUCACAGAUCAACCAAUGAAAGAGCAAAGUGAAGUGCAUACUGCUGCUGUGCCAGGUUCUGAAUUUUUGACUAUUGAACAUGAUAGUAAAGUGGAUUUAACAACUGAGUUAUCACUGAAUGAAUCUACAGGUGCUACUGGAUCAGUGCUGGCAACCACAGUUGUAAGUGCUCAGACAAAAGAGCAGGAGGCUGAAGAAAUGAUCCACUUUUCUGAAUAUGGUCAUAAGAUAUCAUUUGAGACCCCAUCACCAGCAAUUGGUGAGAAAAAUGAUACCUACGAUAUAGUUGCAAUCAUAGAAACUUCAGAAGCAAAAAGUGAAGAUCAUAUUACUACAAUAAUAACGCCUCAGGAAACUUCAUUAACUGAUUUGAUGCCUGUGGAUAAAACUCACCUAGUAGGACCAACGCAAAUUGGUUAUGAAGGAACAAAAGUAGCACCCAAAGUUACUGUCCAGUAUACAUCCUCACCAGUAGAAAGUUCAACAGAUGCAAGUCUUCCAGAAGAACCAGAAGUUGGUACAACAAAAAAGGCUCAGGUUGAACAAAUGACUGAGGAAGUCAGUGUAAUGACCCAAUACACUGAAUUGCAUUCAACUGCCCGAUCAACACCACAUUUUCAUGAAAAGGUUGAGAGUGAGCCAGGGAAAGCAAUAUCCCACUACACUGGCUUAAUAAAGGAAACUUCAACUCCUGAGAUUGAAAUACAAAGAACUGUCCUAUUGCAGAAUGAAUCCGUUGUUGUCUCCCCCUCCUCACAAAGAGAAGAGAGAGAAGGUUCAGGGAUAAUGGAGGCACCUAUAGAAAAUGUGACAACCUUUCAAACAUCAGAACCUGUUCAUACCAAAACAGCCACCACUGCAGUCGUUACCACUCCACAGGUCAUUGUAACAUCAACUACACCUAAAACAUUAUCGACAGUAACAGCACCUUCUGCUGAAAUUAGUCCAGAUUCUCGUGUUUCUGUGACAAAACAUGAAAUUAAAACGACAGAGAAAUCUAAGCAGUUAGUGACAAACGGAACUCCAAUUAUUAUUGAAAAUGAGCCUGGUGAGACGACAGCAGAAGAAACUGUAAUUAUUGGUGAAUCAAUUAUCCUGACUCCCGAUGGCUUGGAGGUUGAUUUAACUGACAAAGUAUCACAGCUGGAUAUUGAUAGUGAAUAUUUCACAACUCCAACCUCCAGAACAAAGCUGGUAAUGACAGCCUCAAAACCUUCACUUGCACACUCUAAGGCCACUCAAAAGGCCCUGCAAGGCCCAACAUUUUCAGCUAUUUCACCAUCAGCUACAGAUUCCCCAGCCCCAGUGGAACCACAAAAGCCUGUGGCAAUCGAUGAAAAAAUAAUUACUAACACAACAGCACAGAAGGAAGUGUCAACAGAUCAAGAGCGUGCACCAGAAGAAACUGAAGUUGGACAAGCUACUUCUGCAGAGUCACUUUCAUUAUCACACAAUCAAUCAACCGAAGCCCUGACAAAACCAAUGGGUUCCAAGAUUCACGUCGUACACAUUCACAUCGAUGUGGGAGAAGAUGGUGGCAGUGGAGAACCAGACUUACCUAACCUUUUCUUACCACAAGUACCCACAGCAGCUACCAGAGAAGAUGCCCAGCCAUCACUCAGCUUUAUUAAUGGGAAGACUCGGAUGGAAUUUGACCCACCAUAUAAAAAACUAAAUGGUGAGGAAGCAAGGGGAGAUCAGGUGGAAAGGGCAUCUCCAAGUACAAGUGCAACACAGGAUAUGGAUAUUACAGAAAAAUAUAAUGAAAGCAAGGAGCAUUUAAUAACUGAGAGUAAAACUGCUGAAAUUCAGGAACCAGGAAUCUCUACUGAAAGACCAAAAAUGAUUUCCAGUGUUAAAACUCCAGCUGAACAUACUGCAACAUUUGGAGUUACAGAAGACCAGAUGAAAAUUCAUUCCAGUGUAGAAGAUCAUUUUGAUAGAGAGCACUGGGUCAUUUCACCUGUCACACAAGAUGCUGAUUCAUCCAGAGAUACCCAAAAGACACCGGAACUAAUUUUAACAACAGAAUCAGUGGAAGAGAAACCACACCUCCUUGGGAUUGUUACAACUGCAUCAGAAGACAUUGCUUCACAAAAAACUACAAUAAGGACCACAACUGAAGAUACUUCACAAGAAGCGUUUGAUAAAGAAGUAGUUGAUGGUUCUGGUAAAGGGUAUGAAACUGUUUACAUUACAGUUUCAGACACUCUGAAUGAAACAUCUACAAAGCCCAUUACUGUGAGGAAACCAGAAAUGUAUUCAAAAACCUUUGACAAAGGCUUAAUAGAAGAAACAGCAAUGCCAACUGAAAUGCACAUGGAAAUUCUGACCCCGUCUACACCAUAUAAAGCUGAUGACAGUCCUGGUGGGGAAAUGGUUAGUCCUUUAUCUGUGACAAAGUUAACUGUCUCUCCCAGUAUUUCUGUGCCACCCGUAACUGAGGAAGGUCAAAGCACUGUCCCGGAAGGUAUGCAAGGGCAAACUGAAGAUGUCACAGAAUUAUAUGACAGAAAAACUUCACAGCCAGAAGAAAGAAUAGAGGAACUAAAACAUGAAAUAAGUUCUACUCCACCCACCAAAUUGACAACAAGCAGAUUUGCAAUUGAAAGUGACAAACCUGAACUGGAUUCUUCUGCAGUAAUAAAACCUACGGAGGAAAUAAUCCAACACACUCAGAAAAUUAAAGAAGCCACAAGUGUAGCAACAAUAUUUACUGAGUUAGGUUCAGGUGAAGAUUCAAGCAAGGAGACAAUGAUUCAAUCAUUUACAGAAGUUCCCACAGUGAUUGUUGAAAAAGAAAUCUUAAAAACAUCUAUUUCAGUACCAGAAAAAGCAGUGGAUGAGGAAGUUCACCAUGACACCCCUACAGCAGCCUUUGAAAAGAAAACUCAUGCAAUCACGUCAGAAGCACCAUCAGUGAUCACAGAGAGCAGAGCCAUCCCAGACAAAGUGCUUGUGAAGGCAACUGUGAAACCUCCAGCAAUUGAUGAAUCUGGUACAAUGGAGAAAGUUUCAGCAGCAGCCGAUCGAGAGACUGGAAUACCCACAUCUGGAUUACCUGAAGCACAUACACACACAGAAGGUGUGCUGGUCAAAGUUCACACUCAGGUGACAGACAAAUCUGCAGCAACUGUUGUGGUUGGGGAUAUGGAAACCAGACAUUCGUUAGAUUCAGUGACAAGGGAGAGGGAUGACGGCGAACGUUCUGUCACUGCUACCCCAGUAAUUAAAAAAAAGCCCCAGGAAUCCACAUCAGAAACACCAUCAGUGAUCACUGAGAUGAAAACCAUCCCAGAGAAAGUGGAUAUGGAGACAACUGUGAAACCUUCAGAAAUCAAGGAAUCUGGAAUUACAGAGAAAGUUUCUGUGAAACUUCCUCCUUCUCCAGAAUUUGAGGGUUCUGGUGGAGAACUGGUUACUUCCAAACAAAUUGUACAAUUUGGUCCUGAUCUUUCCACCUCAGGGAUGAGCUCUACUGUUCCACCAGUGACUGGUAAAAUUUUCAUGGAUGAGGAAGCUCUGCAGAGCACUGCUACAGCUACACCUGAGAUUGAGGAGGAAUUUUCAGGGUCUGGCUUGUUGGAGGCACGCACAGAGAGGGAAGGUGUGCUGGUCAAAGCCCACACACAGGUGACAGACAAAUCUGCAGCAACAGUUGUGGUUGGGGAUAUGGAAACCAGACAUUCGUUAGAGUUGGUCACCAGUGAAGUGGAAGAGGGAGUGGGCCAUGAUAUUGUUACACCUGUAAUUGGAAAAACAUCUCAAGCAUCCGCAUCAGGAGCACCACCAGUGAUCACUGAGAUCAAAACCAUCCCAGAGAAAGUGGAUAUGGAGACGACUGUGAAACCUUCAGUAAUUGAGGAAUUGGGAAUUACGGAGAUAGUUUCAGUUAGAGUAGUUCCUUUUCCAGAAUUUGAGGGUUCUGGUGGGGAACUGGUUACUUCCAAACAAAUUGUACAAUUUGGUCCUGGUCUUUCCACCUCAGGGAUGAGCUCUACUGUUUCACCGGUGACUGGCAAAACUUUUGUGGAUGAGGAAGCUCUGCAGAGCACUGCUACAGUUGCACCUGAGAGUGAGGAGGAAUUUUCAGGGUUUGGCUUGGUGGAGGCACGCACAGAGAGGGAAGGGGUGUUGGUCAAAGUCCACACUCAGGUGACAGACAAAUCUGCAGCAACUGUUGUGGUUGGGGAUAUGGAAACCAGACAUUCGUUAGAUUCAGUGACAAGGGAGAGGGAUGACGGCGAACGUUCUGUCACUGCUACCCCAGUAAUUAAAAAAAAGCCCCAAGAAUCCACAUCAGAAACACCAUCAGCGAUCACUGAGAUCAAAACCAUCCCAGAGAAAGUGGAUAUGGAGACAACUGUGGAACCUUCAGAAAUCAAGGAAUCUGGAAUUACAGAGAAAGUUUCUGUGAAACUUCCUCCUUCUCCAGAAUUUGAGGGUUCUGGUAGAGGAAUGUUUCCUCCCAAACAAAUUGUACAAUUUGGUCCUGAUCUUUCCACCUCAGGGACGAGCUCUACUGUUUCACCGGUGACUGGUAAAACUUUUGUGGAUGAGGAAGCUCUGCAGAGCACUGCUACAAUUGCACCUGAGAGUGAGGAGGAAUUUUCAGGGUCUGGCUUGUUGGAGGCACGCACAGAGAGGGAAGGUGUGCUGGUCAAAGCCCACACACAGGUGACAGACAAAUCUGCAGCAACAGUUGUGGUUGGGGAUAUGGAAACCAGACAUUCGUUAGAUUCAGUGACAAGGGAGAGGGAUGACGGCGAACGUUCUGUCACUGCUACCCCAGUAAUUAAAAAAAAGCCCCAAGAAUCCACAUCAGAAACACCAUCAGUGAUCACUGAGAUCAAAACCAUCCCAGAGAAAGUGGAUACGGAGACAACUGUGAAACCUUCCAUAAUCAAGGAAUUGGGAAUUACGGAGAUAGUUUCAGUUAAAGAAGUUCUUUCUCCAGAAUUUGAGGGUUCUGGUGGGGAACUGGUUACUUCCAAACAAAUUGUACAAUUUGGUCCUGAUCUUUCCACCUCAGGGAUGAGCUCUACUGUUUCACUGGUGACUGGUAAAACUUCUGUGGAUGAGGAAGCUCUGCAGAGCACUGCUACAAUUGCACCUGAGAGUGAGGAGGAAUUUUCAGGGUUUGGCUUGGUGGAGGCACGCACAGAGAGGGAAGGGGUGUUGGUCAAAGUCCACACACAGGUGACAGACAAAUCUGUGGCAACUGUUGUGGUUGGGGAUAUGGAAACCAGACAUUCGUUAGAGUUGGUCACCAGUGAAGUGGAAGAGGGAGUGGGCCAUGAUAUUGUUACACCUGUAAUUGGAAAAACAUCUCAAGCAUCCGCAUCAGAAGCACCACCAGUGAUCACUGAGAUCAAAACCAUCCCAGAGAAAGUGGAUAUGGAGACGACUGUGAAACCUUCAGUAAUUGAGAAAUUGGGAAUUACAGAGAUAGUUUCAGUUAAAGAAGUUCCUUCUCCAGAAUUUGAGGGUUCUGGUGGGGAACUGGUUACUUCCAAACAAAUUGUACAAUUUGGUCCUGAUCUUUCCACCUUUGGGAUUAGCUCUACUGUUUCACCGGUGACUGGUAAAACUUUCAUGGAUGAGGAAGCUCUGCAGAGCGCUGCUACAGUUGCACCUGAGAGUGAGGAGGAAUUUUCAGGGUCUGGCUUGUUGGAGGCACGCACAGAGAGGGAAGGUGUGCUGGUCAAAGCCCACACACAGCUGACAGAAGAAUCUGCAGCAACUGUUGUGGUUGGGGAUAUGGAAACCAGACAUUCGUUAGAUUCAGUGACAAGGGAGAGGGAUGACGGCGAACGUUCUGUCACUGCUACCCCAGUAAUUAAAAAAAAGUCCCAAGAAUCCACAUCAGAAGCACCAUCAGUGAUCACUGAGAUCAAAACCAUCCCAACUGUGAAACCUUCAGCAAUUGAAAAAUCCAGAAUUACGGAGAUAGUUUCAGUUAAAGAAGUUCCUUCUCCAGAAUUUGAGGUUUCUCGUGGAGAACUGGUUACUUCCAAACAAAUUGUGCAAUUUGGUCCUGAUCUUUCCACCUCAGGGAUGAGCUCUACUGUUUCACUGGUGACUGGUAAAACUUCUGUGGAUGAGGAAGCUCUGCAGAGCGCUGCUACAAUUGCACCUGAGAGUGAGGAGGAAUUUUCAGGGUCUGGCUUGUUGGAGGCACGCACAGAGAGGGAAGGUGUGCUGGUCAAAGCCCACACACAGGUAACAGACAAAUCUGCGGCAACUGUUGUGGUUGGGGAUAUGGACACAAGAUAUAUGUUAGAAUCCUUCACCAGCAAAAUUGUUGAGAGAGUUCCCAUUGCUACAAUUAAACCUCUAAUUGGAAGGCAGUCUCAAAAACCCACAUCAGAAGCACCAUCAGUAAUCACUGAGAGCAAAACCAUCUCUGAGAAAGUGGGUAUGGAUCCCACUGUGAAGCCUCCUGCAAUUGAAGGGUCUGGAAUAUUAGAGAAAGAUUUGGACAAAAAAUUUUCUCUCCUGGAUGUAGAUGAAAGUUCUGGUGCCGAGAUGUUUACAGUCAAGCAACCAAUCCAGUUGUCUUCUGAUGUUUCCCCUUCUGAAAUUAGCAACCAAACUGUUAUUUUGUUGAAUGAAACUUCUUUGGAUGAGGAAGCUUCCCAUGUGGAAGUUACAGCUGCCUCCGGUACAGGGGAAGGGAUCUUCACAUCUGGACCAAAGAGCCACACAGAGGUGGGAGAUUUGCUGGCGAAAACAUAUCCUCAACUGGAAGAUAAAUUUCCAGCAAUGGUUUUUGAUGGCGAAGGGGAAACUAGAUUUAUAUUUGUUCCAGUCACUAGUGAUAUCGAUGAGGAAGUUCACCGUGCUGCUGUCACGCGGCCAUUUAAACAAUUGUCUCAAAAAUCCACAUCAGAAGCAACAACAGCAAGUGCAGUGAUCGAAAGAAUGCCAGGAACAGUGGUUACGGAUUCUUAUGAGAUAUCUCCAGCAAUUAGGGUACCCACUACAACAGUGAAAGAUUCACAGAAACAGCCACCUUUUUCAGUUGUUGAGAGUUUUAGUACUGAAUCAUCUGCUGAAGAUCUUACAGAGAUUUCAACUUCAGAUUUGACUAGGGCUGUAACAUUACUAAGUGUUCCAAUUGAUAAGAGAGUUCAAUAUGCUGAUGUUACCCUGGCCACAGAGGAAGUCAUGUCUGCAAAGCCUGAGGUGUCCAUGAAAUCCUCAACUGAAGGACCAACUGCAUCAAUAAAAGAGACAGCUACAGAGAUUCAGUCUGGGGAAGUUGAAAGUUCAAGUGAAGACAUUCUCACCAUGACUGUUCUACCAUCAGUCACAGGUACUUCUGAUGUAGAUGCCAAGGCGGAGGAUGUUACUUUGACAUCAGGGCCCACCCAGCAAAUUUCAGUGACAAAGAAACAAACAGUGAUACCAACCACAGACUCAUUAGUUGAAAUUACAGCUAUAAGUAAGAAACCUACAGACAUUGAAUUGAAGCCUGAGAUGGGGACAGUGGGACAGAAACCUAAAUUAGUGUCAGUAGAAAGUGUCGAAGUGGUUCACUCGGAAGAAAGAGGAUACAGUGAAAGUGAAGAAGAAUCAAGUGAGAGGAGAGUGCAGAUAACCAUGAAAGCAGGAUUAAGCACAACUGUUCCAUUAAUUGAACAGGAGAGCUCCGGUGAAGAUACACUUAGAUUAGGUGAAGGUCAGGCAACCACUUUCACUGCACAUGACUCUUCAACAUCAGGAACACAGGAGAAAAUCAAACUUGCUGGUGAACCAAAAUCACAACCUACUGAAGAAUAUGAUAGGCUGUCACCAUCUCGCAGGGAGCAAUCGAUGGAUACUCAAGAAGGAAGCAGAGAGACAGUCAGUACUUUCACCGAGGAAGCAAGUUCUUCUAAUUUAACAGAGAUAGAGUCUGACAUCCAACCUUCUACACAUUCUGUUCCUGAUCUGACAGGUAAGGAGCUUUUAUCGAAAGAACAUCAAGUAUAUGUUAGUAGUACUCACGUGAAAGAAACAGCAGCAACUACCCAAACUCCUGUCUCAACUGAAGGGGUAAAGUAUGGAUUCCAACCUAGAUUGGUUCAUUGGGAAAGUGCCAAAAAAGGUGAUCGCAUGAAUUAUACACAAGUCAUUCAGAGCACUGAAAGUAGUCAAAUAGAUCACAGGAAAUUUGGAACGUUGGUACGAACAGUUAAAGAAGAGCUGAUGGAAGGCCAGGAGGGUACGAUGGAACCUUCAGUCAAGACACCAGCAUCAUCGGCUGUUUUCAUUGACAGAGAAGAUGAUGAACUGCCUGAAGAUAAAAUUAUUGACAGCCCUCCUGAAAAUAUAAGUGUAAUUUAUAUUAACGGGAAGGACAGUGGGAUGAGUAUUAUGGAAGAACAGAAAAUCGGAACCACCACAAAAUCAGAUAGUAUAAUUGAUGCGGAUAGAAAAUUAGAAGAUGUAAGGCAAGAAAUUGAAGUAAAAAUUGUGUUUCCAACUCAUCCACCAGCAGAUAAUGCAACAAAAAGUUUGGAAGUGAUCCAGACUGAAGCAGUGGCGUAUGAUGACAGUGAGUUACUUAUUCCGUAUGUUCCAUAUGAUGGGUCUGGAGAAAUAGCUUCACCUUUAAUGACAGUAACACCAGGACAAAAACGAACAACCAGCACGAUUGGCACAGCAGUUUCCUUUGAUAAAAUCAGAACAACUAUGCCAGAACUUCAUACAGUGAAGGACACAUUUCCUGUUUUUAUGAGUACAGUUUUACCAGAAAGUGUUGCAGACACCUCUCAAGAAACAGUAUCCACUGAAGACACGAAGGAGAAUGUGUCACAAGUAGUUUCUGGUAAAGAAGAGAUGCAUAUGACAGCUCUGGAGGCUUCUUUGAAGGAUGUAGAUGGUCCAAGUACAUUUUCAGAAACAUCAACUACAUACUUCAUGGGCAGUGACACAGAGUAUGCAAGUGUUCAGUAUGCUGAAGGUUAUGCUCAGUCUACAACUGAGCACGAGAAGCCCAUUGAUGGCUCACCAGUAUCUAGCACAUUUGAAGAGGAAUUUUCUGGGGACAAUAUUGUAGGCACUGAAGAUAAAAUAUUCGGCCACAUACCAGUUAAAGUUACCACCUCUACACCAACCUCAUCCGAACCUGAUUCUAAAAUAAUUAUGACAGGAAGUUUAUCAACAAAAUCAACUUCUGUGCAUUCUGCUGAAGAGCAGUCUCAAAUUUUGAUGCACACACCCAGAGAACAUGUUGAGGUAUCCACCGAUAGCUAUAGCGCAUCUUCUGCUAAAGUUUUUAUACAAGAAGAAGAAAGUACAUCAAGAAAGCUCUCUGAAGGUAAACAGGAUGAAGAAUUUAAAGCCACACAACCAACAAUACAGGGAGCUAAAGUGGAAGAAUCAGAAAGUUUGCCUUCACAGCUGACUUUUGUCGAUGUUUCUACAAAAGAGGAUGCAGCAACAAGUCAGGUAACUAUGCAACCAACUGUUUCACAAAUGACAGGCAAGAGGAUUGAGGAGGGCAUGGAUAAUGCAACUUCAUCAGAACAUAAUGUGACAUUGCAGCAAAUGGAAAGCUCAACAGCACACUCAGUUCCCCUAAAAACAUUGGAGGAAGAAUUACUCAUAACACAGACAACAGCUUAUUCACCAACUGAACAAAAAAUUUCUUUAUUUGAAGCAAAAAGCCCUGCUGAGGAACAUGGUAUAGGAACAACAGUAGAUUCCCACAGGGUCACACCUAAAGAAGUAGAGACUUCAACAAUACAACAUACUUAUGUUGAGAUUUCUAAAGAAACCGUUGUCAGUGCAUCACCUUUAUGGCCAUCCACGGAACAAAAAGCUGAAAAAGAUGCAACAGAAGCUGUCAGGGCCACACCAGUUCCCCCUUCUUUAGAUGAGAGCUCAUCAGAGAAGCUGAAAUCAUUUGAGCAGCAGGAUCUCAAAUAUACAACGGUCAUAUCACUUGAAAUGCAAACAAAGUUAAAGGAAAUCAAGACCACCCCAUUUUCACUAUCUGGCAGAUCAGGUGACUGGAGGUCUACGGAAGCACCUGAUACCUUGACAGAAAGUACUGAUGCUACAGACACAGAAUCUGACAUCAAAACAACUGAACCAACACUGGAAUUAACAGUUCAUCCAGCAAUCACCUCUGAAAUUGAGUCUUGGGACCAUGUUAAAACUGGUGAACCAAUAACUGGAGGUGAGCCACCAAUAACUGAUGGAGAGGCUGUUCAUAUACCAGUACAUGUUAACCCAUGUGAAGAAAGCCCUUGCCAUCAUGGAGGCAGUUGUUUCGUACGAGACACCAGUUACUUAUGCACCUGUUUGCCUGGAUAUACUGGGGAACAUUGUGAAAUAGAUAUUGAUGAAUGUCAGUCUAACCCUUGCCAAAAUGGAGCCACGUGCAUUGAUAGUGUCAACUGUUUCAGCUGCGUCUGCUUGCCAAGUUACGGUGGUGCUCUGUGCGAACAAGAUACAGAGAACUGCGAUUUUGGCUGGCACAAAUUCCAAGGGCAUUGCUACAAAUACUUUGGCCAUCGACGGAGUUGGGAAGAUGCAGAGAAGGAAUGUCGCCUGCAGGGAGCUCACCUGUCCAGCAUCCUGACACACGAGGAGCAGCUCUUUGUGAACCGUAUUGGCCAGGACUACCAAUGGAUCGGUCUGAAUGACAAAAUGUUUGAACAUGAUUUCCGCUGGACUGAUGGAAGCCCUCUGCAAUAUGAAAACUGGCGCCCACACCAGCCUGAUAGUUUCUUUUCUUCUGGCGAAGACUGCGUGGUUAUGAUCUGGCAUGAGGACGGCCAGUGGAAUGACGUUCCGUGUAACUACCACCUCACCUACACAUGCAAAAAGGGCACAGUUGCCUGUGGCCAACCGCCAGUGGUGAAAAAUGCUAGAACAUUUGGAAAGUUGAAGCCUCGAUAUGAAAUAAAUUCCAUGGUCAGAUACCACUGCAGUCGUGGCUUUAUCCAACGCCAUUUCCCAAUCAUUAAGUGUCGAACCAAUGGAUACUGGGAUAAGCCGAAAGUUGCCUGUUUAACACCUUCCAUAUAUCAACAAAAUGCCCCCAAGUAUAUCCAUGGAUUAUAUCGAAAAGGAACAAAGAGUUCACAUAACCGUGUCAGACACGACCAUCGUUGGAUCAGCAAGUUCUAUUCAAGGCACUGACUACGCCACUGAAUGGUGGGGAAACUGUUCCUUGCAAUUCGAGCCAAACCUGUUCCGAACAGUGCCUGGAGUAACACAUUUGGGGGCAGAGGGGAGAUUGGGAGGGGUGGGGGUGAUUUUAUUUGAUGAAACAAAACUUUUGGGAGAGAUCAAACAGCAGUUUCUUCAAACAUGAUCAUUAAAAAGGACUGCAAAGUAUUUCAAGAUGAUAUUAAUAAGUUAAAUUAAAAUGGAACUGCAGUCCUGUUGCUUGUUUGUUCAUACCAUGGUGCAAAUACCACAGCAGACAUUUUCUAAUUUGACAAUUCUCAUGCCAUUCAGUAAUGUUGCUUUACAAAUAUUGGGCAAACCUACUUAUAAUGUGCAAAUCCUGCACAUCUUUUUGCAGGAGUACAUUAACUGUUUAGAGCAUAUACAGCAUUUUUGCACCUUUUUUCCAUCAUUCGUUCUUUUUUAAAAACAUUCAGGAGUAGUUACAGUCAUAUCAGCAAUCGCACAUUGACAUUAACGUCAUCUUUUCACUUUGCCGAGCUAAAGUUUGAGAUAUUUUUUGAAAUUAAAAAGUUCAUUUUCACUAUUGCAUUCAUUCAGCUUUAUUUUCUGUGUUACCUGGUGGAUGUUUUACUCUAUCUUCCUGCAACAUUUACAGUAUUGCAAAUACCCCCAGGAAGGGGAAAAAAGGAAGAUGUUUAUAUCAUAAUUUGAUAUAAUGAGGUUGCCCGAGGACCAUUUUGAUUGAUGCCCCAGAUACACAGUUCUGACCUCCAUAAUAAGCAAUGUUAAGUCCACAGAGAAUGGAAAAGGAUUGUGGUGCAUUAAUGUGAGAGAAAACUAUUUUUGUAGAACUUGGAUGAGUAAUUGUCUGAUUUACAAGUAUUCAACAAUUCCCUUCCUCAAACAGUCUUUCACUUCUACAGCUACAAGAUCCCUGUGUAGUGUAAUUCUAAGGAUGCAAGAUGGGAUCAAGCCCAGAGACUGCAUUGUGAAGCUGCUCUUUAACUCACCUGGAUACAAGCAAUCAAAAUAGCAAAUGCAAAAAGGAUGCUAUGUUACCUUUGCAAAAACCAGUUGGUUCUUUCUGAGGUCAAAAGUGCUAAUAUAUUAACUUUCUCAGAUAUGGCAGAUUUUUGCAGCCCUCACUAAUCACACUACAAUAUGGAGCUGCCUUUUUCUAAAGGGUGAAUAUAAACCUACAUUUUUUUUGUAAAAAAAACCCAAAAAAAUAAAUUAAUUUUUGUAUAUAUAACCAUCUUAGUGCAUUUUUUAAAAAAUGAAUGUUUAUGUCGGAAUGUGGCAGCUGUAUAGCAUAUGUUGAUGACGUAUGGCCAUUUCGUUUAAUUCUUGGGAUUUUAUUCAUUUGCUUUCAAAGGAUUGGAUAGAGGAGAAACAAACUAUAUUUUUGUAACAUUUCUGCUGUUAACCCUUGGGCAUCUGUAUAAAGCAACAGCUGCUUUUAAAAUUAGCACUAUGGAAACAGAUUAAAAUAUUUCAUUUUGAAUCGACUUAAGGGAAUAAUUUUUGUAUUCUAAAGAUCUAAUUUUCAUUCAUGUCUGUGGAGGUUUUCCACUGGAACAAUUUACAUAUUGUAGUGCGAGGAGUCAAAUCUCUUUGAUUUAAAUUCACUUGCGGAGAGAUUUGAGAAGAAUUUCUCUCUAAAUCCAAGGGUUAACAUGCAGUCAGAGCAAAAAGAAUGUCCAAAAAUUAAAACUGGUCUGGCCAGCAGCAAGUUUUUAAUGUUUUUCAGUAAAUUCAUUUCUAGAAAGAGAAUACCCUGGUUGCUUCACCCACUUUUCUGUCUCAUUUUUCUCUUUAUGAACAGCAACCGAAAUUACUCUGUAUGAAAUUUUCCCUUUGCAAUGCACAUAGAUCAAUUCUGUAUUUAUAUUUUAAAUUGUAUAGUGUAUAAUGUGAAUGUUUGGAUUUUUGUGACUGAAAUACUGAAAAACUUUUGUUACUUUUUUUUUACACGUGUUUCACCAAAGAAACAAAAACAAGUCCCGGUCAAGCUGUUUCUAUUUUCAUGCAUUAGUCCUACUGAUAGAACUGACUUGAAAAGCAUUAUUAAAGAAAAUAAUGAAG